CACAUCUAAUAGAAUGGAACCAAUUGAGGCACGACGUGAUCUUCUUCAAUUUAUACGCCGCACUAUGUAUUGGGCCGCAAUGUAUCCCCUCCACCUGGACCGCCGGUUGCCCCAGUACAUUUGUGGCCUGGGCCUAUUCAUCGAAUGGCUUUACGAACUGUUCCUCUACCUGGUGUCCGUACACAUUGCCAUCUUGUAUGUGUGUACGAUUUAUUUGAAUUACGACAGUGGGGAUUUGGAGCUGCUGGUCAACUGUAUGAUACAGACAAUCAUCUACGUCUGGACAAUUGUCAUGAAGGUGUAUUUUCGUCGUGUUCGACCGCAUCACUUGGAGGCAUUGGUGCACACCAUCAAUUCCGAGUACAGGACACGUUCGGCCAUAGGAUUUACGUACGUGACCAUGGACCAGUGUUUGGACAUGUCAAAUAGAUGGAUUAAAACUUAUGUGUACUGUUGCUUCAUUGGAACGGUCUUUUGGCUGCUGCUGCCCAUAGCCUAUGGUGAUCGUAGUUUACCAUUGGCCUGUUGGUAUCCACUGGACUAUAAGGAACCAAUUAUUUACGAGACCAUAUAUUUUCUUCAAUCGGUUGGUCAAAUCCAAGUUGCCGCUGCCUUCUCCGCCUCAAGUGGCCUGCACAUGGUAUUGGCCAUUUUAAUAUCAGGACAGUAUGAUAGCCUAUUUUGUAGUUUGAAGAAUAUCCUGGCAACUGUUGCUAUACGAAUGGGUUCAUCUAAAAAGGAAUUGAGCAAACUCUAUGAACUGCAGGAAUUUGGAGAUCCGGAAAUAAAUGAAUUUUAUUGUUCGGAAGAGAAAACCUGCGAUAUUAAUAUGCUAGUUCGUACAAGCACACAAAUAUCAAAUCCUGCUACAAGUCCCUCUGUAGAAUUUCGUUAUCAUUUUCGGAAUGCCUUUAAAGCAUGCAUACAUCAUCAUUGGUACAUCCUGGAUUGCCUGAAAUCCAUGGAGCAAUUCUAUAGUCCCAUAUGGUUUUUCAAAACGGGCGAAGUCAUUGUGCUAAUGUGUUUGGUAGCAUUCGUUUCUGUCAAGUCAACCACAGCUAAUUCCUCAUUUAUGAAAGUCGUAUCGCUCGGCCAAUAUCUACUGCUGGUGGCCUGGGAAUUAUUGAUUAUUUGCUAUUUUGGCGAAAUCAUUUUCAUCAACAGCCAACGUUGCGGCGAUGCUAUUUUAAGAAGCCCCUGGUAUCUUCAGAUGCGUGAAAUGAAAAAUGAUUUUCUCCUGUUUCUGCUCAAUUCGUAUCGGCCAUUUAGGCUGACAGCCGGUAAAAUGUAUCCAUUAGAUGUGGAUCGUUUUCGUGGGGUUAUAACUACGGCAUUUUCAUUUUUGACACUACUACAAAAGAUGGACGAACGUGUGUGAAAGAAGCUGAACAGAA